AUGAAGUUGUCCAGUGUGGCAGUCUGUGGUCAGAUCUCCAAUGAAGUGUCAUCCCUGAGAGCCAGAAUGGAAGGUACCCCAACUGCGGCAGCCCAGGGCUUCCCCACUCCUUCCAGCACAGAAGUCACUUCCCCUGAGUCCAGGGAGCUGCUUGUUUUUUUUGGAUUCCACAGGGACAGGGCAGCCAGGGAACCAUCAGAGCAGACAAAUUUCAAAACCAACAUUCUUCUGAAAAACCUAGUGUCUAAUGGCAGGUAAGCAAGUCUGUGGCAGUUCCUGACCUCUGAGCACUAUAGGUGUGGGCUAUACAAGGAAACAAAGCAGAUCUUCUCUGAAGAUGACAGGAGUCUACUGUGUGCAUGCUCCAGUGCUCUGGAGCACGAGGCUCACAGAUACUGCCACACAGAAGAGGAAGGGUCAAAUAUGUUUGAGCAACUUGAGAUACUUGAGGCUGAAAUGGCUGAAAAGAAGAUCAACCUAAGAGCAAUGUAUGACAAGCUCAUGAACAUGUGUCUGAAACCAGAUGUAGAGUUGCUUAAGAACAUUCAGUUGAAUGAUGAUGGCACCAAAAGAUUAAUUGCAUCUUCCUCUUACAGGAGUGAGCAGGUGCAGCUACACAUGCCUCAUCCUCUGUGGCCCAGACUCCCUGCACCGCCCAUUACUAAACUGAUGGACAGGCUCAACAGCUCCCAAGUGCAGGUCUUCACCUCCGGCAAACAUUACUGGGAAGUGCACGUGGACAAGUCUUGGGCCUGGGCUGUAGGGGUCUGUACAGAGACCCAGCUGAGGGAGAAUGGCACGCUGAUUGACUCUCCAGAUGCAUUUCUCUUUUAAAGUGUGAAGGAGGAAAAUCGCCACACGGUCUGGACCGCUGACCCAGUGACUUGUCAGUACAUAGAGAGACCUCUGGGCAGAGUUGGUGUGUUUCUUAAUGUAGACAGUGGGGGUAUAAGUUUUCUGGAUGUUGUGAAGUGUUCUUUCAUAAAGCAUUCCCUCAUUACACCUUCCCCACUUCAGAGGUGUCUAGAGGACAGUUUCAGUGUUCUUUUUAGGCCUUUCAUUUACACACUGGCUACACACAAGCAGGGCUAA